AUGCAGUCUAUCUCCUCAGAAUCGACCUUACUGACAGACGAGCCCAAAGCGUCAGCUAUUGAGCUCCUACGUGACCACCGUCUUGAGCUUACCCCAGAUGGAAAAUAUGUGCGAUGGUUGCAAACCCAUCCAAGACAUCCUCGAAAUUGGUCUGGGCCACGAAAGGCUUAUGAUAUUGUCCUUGUCUGUCUUUUGGAUCUUUUUAUAACAGCGUCCAGCACCGCAGGUUCGGCAGCUGCUGCACAAGCCAAACAUGAAUACAAAAUCAGUGAAACGCUUUCAAUUUUCAUAUUUGUCACGAUAUUUCUUCUCGGCCAGGUGGCAGGCACCAUAUUAUUUCCCCCGUGGUCAGAGACAUUUGGGCGCAGGAACAUGUACAUUGUGAGCAGUGGUCUCAGCGCUAUUUGCUGCAUGAUUAUUGGUCUCGUACGUGCGAUGCCAGUUAUUGUCAUCAUGCGCAUUCUCGCCGGGCUCCUUUCCGCAAUCCCUUAUACCAUCAUCGGCGGUAGCAUAGAGGACAUGUUCAACUCGCAUGCUCGAAUAUGGGCUAUGUAUUAUUGGACAGUUGCUUCAAACAUUGGUCUCAUCCUUGGACCCAUCAUGAGCAGUUAUAUCAUUGCAGGUCUUGAUUGGCGAUGGAACUUCUAUAUCUUCGCUAUCAUCAUUGCUGCAAUUACAUGUGGUCUCUUCUUUAUUCGGGAAUCUCGACCUUCCUUGUUACUAGCCUACGAGGUGAAACGAGUCGCCGAUAUGACUACUAUGCAAUCAAUUCCACCGCCACUCAACCAUGACCAUAUCCCGGAUCUCAAUAUAUUUCUGAAAGAAUCCCUCUUUCGCCCAGCCCAGCUCUUCUUCCAAGAGCCUAUCAUUUUCGUCAUUGCAGUGAUGAUCUCCGUCGCCAUGUCCCUCAUCUACAUCUUUACAGAAGCCCUCCAACCUAUCUACGAGUCUAUGGGAUUUGCAAACACCGACGCUUCAUUGAUGUUCAUCGCUAUAGGCCUGGGAACCUGUCUCAGCACAUUGACUCGCGUGCUAGAUGGCUACAUUCUCAACCAUUUCCGCAGACAAGGACGGUCUAUCAAGCCCGAAUACAAGCUCGUUGGGCUGGGCCUUGGUGGUCCAUUCUUGGCGAUUGGGCUAUGGUGGUUUGCCUGGACUAUUCCGCCCGAGACCCACACUCCGUGGAUUGUGCCCACUAUUUCCCUCGUUCUGGUGGGCUAUGCGCUAACGGAAAUGGAUACCGUGCUGUAUGGGUAUAUCUCGGAUUCCUAUCUGAGUUACUCUGCCAGUGCAACCGCUGCUGUUGCAUUCAUGCGAGCGUUGCUGUCCGGUGUCUUUCCGCUUUUUACGACGCAGAUGUUUGAUCGGUUGGGAAAUAAUAAUGCUAUGUCUGUACUUGCUGCAGUGGCAACUGCAUUUUGUAUAGUACCACCUGUGUUUAUUUGUUAUGGAGAGCGGAUUCGUCGAGCGAGCAAAUUUGCUCGCUAUAGUUGGGAAAUUCAGGAGGAGCUGGGUAAAGAGAAAGAAGAUUGGUGA